AUGAAGUACUCUCAUCAACAAGAAAGCGCAAGGCAAAGCAACAGAAGAUCUGUAAAUAGUGGCAGCAGCCGCAAGGGUCGCCGCAGCAGCAGCCGCAAAUCGCCCGACAGCAAAAGCCGUAGUCCAAAACGGACUAGUAAUGACCCGAAUCGAACAAGCAAAGUAGGAACAAGCAAAGAACAAGAUAAGGAGGCCAAGGAAAAGGCUCGUGCUGGGCGUGGGAGUGGGAAUAUUGCUACAGAAAUGAUUGUUGUGGGCUACUCCGGCACCGCAGAACCAUCAGUGGAAGGUGGCAGGAGGAAGCAUCGAAGCAGCAAAAGAAAAAGCCAGCAAGGGGACAAACUUGCAAAGAAGGAUGCUACCGAAAAGAUUGACGCUCUCAUCAUGAAUCGAUUGGACGAACCCAUCACCGUAGCAGUUCCUGGAGCUCCUGGAGCUCAUGCAGCAUCGCGUGGCAAUCCAGCUGCUAAAGACGAGAAGGAUGGAAAAGUAACCACUAUCGAUCUAUCUCGAGUCCGUUCGGAAGAAGAAGAUUCCAGACUCCAUUACGUUACUACAAAUGAUCUGGAGGUAACUCAAGGACAAGUAUUCACCGACGCAGCGCCAGGAACCGGAGUCGUCAAUCGAUUACCUCGAAGAAGCAAACGACGAAGCCAACAAGACCGAGGCAUCGCCAAGGAUGCUGCCGCAAAGAUCAAUAACCUCCUCGAUCGAUCAAAUCAACCCAUUACUAGUCCAGAGCCUGGGGCUCACGCUGAAUCUCGUGGAAACGAAGUUCCCAAAGACCAAAAUUUGGGUAAGGGAAGACACAGCCGGCCAUUGGGAACCCAAUCUGUCGUUUCCGAGGAGGAACAUGUCAGAAUGGAAGCUGAGAAAGUGCAAGAGCAAGGUGGCCUGAAUGGGGAUGGCCUCGUGAUGGCAAAUACUGUGGAGAACCAUGAUGCAGACCUUGCAAUGGCUCUGCUAAAUUCAAUGCUUGAUCAUAUCGAUGAAGGUAACGACACUCAUGGUGACAAAGACACUACGGGACGAGACAAAUCUAGUGAUUCGAGAGAAGAAGAGAACAAAGAAGGGGAGAAUGGUCGCGGGUCUGAUGAGAAGGAUUGGGAACAAUCCAAGCUUAAAAAGGGCGCCCGAAUCUUCCGGUAUCUAUGUUGUAUUGCCGUGCUUGCUGGUGCGGGAAUUGCAACUUGGAUUGCAUUGCAGGCCAACUCUGAGUCAGAGUCAAAGGAUUCAGCAUCAGGUGGUGUUCCCAGCAAUGUCACAACAGACAUGGGCACUGUAGCGCCAAGCAGUCCCAAGGAUCCUAGCAGUACUGUCAAUCCAAAUCCGAAUCCGAAUGCACCAAGUGCUUCUACCGGACCAUCUUCCGACAUCAAUAUCGGCGAUAUCAUCUUCGAACCGCCCUCCCCAAAAGACUGUGCCAUCAUCAUAAAUGGUGGCGCAAUCCCAGGUCAAGAUUCGAUGCCCAUGCAAAGCUACCUGCUUGAUUUGGAUGCGACACCUUUUCUCCCCAUGGAUCUGAGCAUUUUGGCCGGCAUCAUUGAGGAUAAACUUAGAGAGUUGCUCGCUCCAGCCCUUACUGGAUGCGAUCGAGACCUCCGAAACUUGAGGAGUACUAAUCGCCAUCUUGCGGCGCCUGAUGAUGGCUUUUCAUAUGCGAUUGGAAAUGUCAUGGUGGAUGCCUUUGGAGUAGAAGGAGUAAGUUGUCUCGAUGAAUCUAAUCCGCAGUGCCAUCGAAUCGGUUCGACGCUCGACAUUGUGGUGAAAGACAAUGGUGUGAAAGUUGCUACAAUCAUUACAGAGCUAGUUUUUUUUUUCGGAGGUGGAGGUCUUGCCGAAAAGCUUGAAUUGGCAGAGCUCUACGAAAGUAUUAAGGUUGUGAAUCUGGGGUCCAUAGAUCAAACCGGGUCACCAAGUAUCAGUGCUCCAUCAGCGGUUUCUUCUCCUGCGUUGGUGGAAACUUCCCUUCCAAGUGAAAGCCCCACGGAAGGUCCAACACCAAAACCAACGCCACCACCAACAUUUGCACCAGUGGUUGGACCAACCCCUAAGCCAACUCCUGAACCAACUCCUGAACCAACUCCACAGCCAAUACUGCAACCAACUCUGCAGCCAUCUCCGCAGCCAACUCUGCAGCCAACUCCUGAACUAACCCUACCAGUAACACUCCGGCCUACUCCCUUCCCAACAUUUGCACCAGUUGCAAGUGUUGCCCCCCCGCCAACCCCAAGCCCAACACCACGACCUACACCAUUUCCAACCCUCUUUCCAACUCUUCAACCUUCUGCAACACCAUCCCAAAGUCCCUCAAAAAGUCCCUCCGAAGCGCCCUCUUCAAGUCCAAGCUUUGUUCCUCCUACAGCUCCGUCAUCGAAACCAUCGCUUUCCCCUUCAUCCGGUCCGUCAAAGCAACCUUCAACGGCUCCUUCUUCGAGUCCAACCGUAUCUGCCUCAGCUGAACUUUGUUGGGUGCUCAUAAACACGUUUGAUUUCUACACAUAUAACCCAGAACUUUCUGAGGAUGGAAGUACCAUUUUGCUCUAUAACAAUGAGGAAAAAGAACUCAGAGUUUAUGAUACUGUGACCGGGAAUCAGAUUGGAAACUCGAUUUCAAAUAUCAAUGCUUAUUGCUCAACCACUAGCUAUUCCAUCAAAGCAGACGGGACAAUGAUCGUAGAUGGUUGCACUGGAUCCUGGGGCUCAACUGGCAUAGUAAGGGUUUUCAAGUAUUACCGAGACAGUUGGUCACAAAUUACCACUUUGGUUGGUGAAGAAGAGGCUCAGGCUGGAUUAGACGUGCAAAUUUCCAAUGAUGGGACCAGAUUGCUUGUGCGAUGUCGUAAAGACGGAGCGGUACUGUACUACUCACUGGACCCAAUCACAGGUGCCACAAGCCUACUUGGCACAAUAGAUGCUCCCUCAAAUGGUGCACAGAUGUCGGGUGAUGGAUUACGUAUAGCUGCAAUCCACAACAACCCCUCUGGUUUUGCUGUUGGUAUGGGGAUCAGGGUGUACGAAUGGAACGGGAAUAGUUUCUCCCAAAUAGGGUCAAGAUUGGGAUACGGCCCAUUUGCCUUCUCAUCUGAUGGGAAUUCGGUAGGUUUUGGUAUCAACAACCAAAUUUUUUACUCUUGGAAUGGAUCUAGUUGGAUUAGCAGAUUAUUCCCUAAUCGAGAAAUUAAUGCAGUUUCUGGAAAUGUGAUAUUGACAAGCGUCGGCGAGCUCAGCCAAGUAUUCAAAUGGAACGGAAACAGUUGGGUUCAAAUCGGAGACAAUAUAGAAGAAAGUACGUGGUUUGGAACAAUGUCCAGUGACAAAAGCACUAUUGCCUCUGCAACGCAUGUCUACAGGUUGGAUGCGUGCUCAUCAUCUCGUUGA